GAUCAAACUGCACGUCGCGGACAUGCAUGGUUGAGCAUACGCACAAGUGUCCAGUAGAAAUCAACAUGAUCACGAUUCGAUCAUCAUCGGGUAUUUGUCAUUGCCGAAUCCCGAUUCGAAUUUUGCUUUGUAUGACUCUCGCAACUCUUGUAUGCGUAGUUGCUGGCCCUUCGACGACUUCUUGGGCCUGGGAGCUCAGAUCUCAGAGACAACCUCUUCGCGGUUCCACACGUCAUCUGUGGUAUUGGCUCAAUUGUGUAGGAAAAUCGAAAAGUUCAAUGGCAAGCCAUGUAAGUCUUUUACGUCUGCUAGUCU